GGAGCCACAUCUCAGCGGGCUGCGCGUUUCAAACGCGGGCUGCGCGAGCGUGGGGGUUGGCGGGCGCGAGCGAGCGGCGGCCGUUUGCGGCGACCGUUGGGCCCCCUGAGAGGCUUCCUGGGAGUCCGGCGGGAAGGGGUGACUCGUAGAAGAGAGAGACCUGACUAUGUCGAGGAGAAAGUUGGAGAAUAAAAGCCUUUCUGGCUUAUUAGCUACAUCUCUGCAGACACAAAUCAGGACAGACAAUUUCCACAAUUUUUAUGUGCUUGAAUCAAAAGAGCUAGGAAGAGGAAGAUGUGCUGUGGUUAGAAAAUGUGUAGCUAAAUGCACAGGCCAAGAAUUUGCAGCUAAAUUUUUAAAGAAAAGAAGAAGAGGUCAAGACUGCAAAGCAGAGAUUCUUCAUGAAAUUGCCGUGCUUGAAUUAAUGAAAUCUAAUCCUCGCAUAGUUAAUCUCCAUGAAGUCUAUGAAACAGCAAAUGAAAUCAUCUUAGUCUUGGAAUAUGCUGCUGGAGGAGAAAUAUUUGACUUAUGUGUCCCAGAUCUGGAUGACAGAAUUGGUGAAAGGGAUAUUGUAAGACUUAUAAGACAAAUACUUGAAGGACUUUGCUGCCUGCAUGAAAACAAUAUUGUUCAUCUUGAUUUGAAGCCUCAAAAUAUUUUGCUGAGCAGUGUCAAUCCUCUUGGUGAUGUAAAAAUUGUAGAUUUUGGUAUGUCUCGGAAGCUUGAGAGUUCUAGUGAACUGCGGCAGAUCAUGGGAACAACAGAGUAUCUAGCUCCAGAAAUCUUAAACUACGAUCCUAUUACCACAGCUACAGAUAUGUGGAACAUAGGCGUUAUUUCAUACAUGCUGCUGACACAAGAAUCUCCAUUUGUGGGAGCCGAUAAUCAAGAAACUUACCUUAAUAUAUCUCAAGUUAACGUGGAUUAUUCAGAAGAAACAUUUUCAUCAGUUUCACUGCCUGCCAAAGACUUCAUUCAAAAACUUCUCAUCAAAAAUCCAGAGGAAAGACCCACAGCAGAGGCCUGUCUUUCUCAUUCAUGGUUGCAGCAAGAGGAGUUCAUCCUCUUGUCCAGCCCUGAGGGAACUUGUGGCUUUUCUCUGAUGCCAGGACACGCAAUGAAAUUCUCAGAAGAGCGGAAUGUAAAAUCCAGUUGUAAUGGUACCUGUAGCAACAAGGAAGACAAAGAAAACAUUCCAGAGGACAGCAGUACAGUCUCCAAACGUUUCCGUUUCGAUGAUUCAUUGCAGUAUCCCCAAGACUUCACGACAGACUUCAUAUGUUAAUACGUAAUACAGACUUUUAUCAAAAGAAUUUAGCAUAAUCUGUUCCAGUGGCAAAUGUAAGGUUAUGGCUUGCCAAUUCGUGCAGCGUUGGCAUAUGGGAAAUGCACUUUGACCUUUUUAUGCUGGUGCUUCCUUGUCUGUCCAUUGCUGGCAAUGGAUUUAACUCCUGAGAAAUCGGGGUUGUUGCACCAAUAAAAUGAAUUAUUUUUUUUAAGAAGAUAUAAUUAAAUAUUUUUGCACUUUUCAAGUUUUAGUCCAAAAAUGAUGUCAGAGUGAACAAAUUAAAUCCUGAAAAUGAGUUUGUUUAAACUCAAGCUUUGCCAAACAGUGGUUGAAUACAUGCACAGUUGUAUGACUAGCCUUAAUGAGAAAUUGGUCUAAGCAGGGAAACUGGGCUUAUUUGUGAGCAUUCUCAUAGCUUUAAAUGGAAGCUGAAGUGGGUGUGGUUUGGGAAUAGGAUACAUCUGUUGGGGCCAUUUGGAGGACUGGUUUCUCUCAAGGAUCACUGGUAGCUGAGGAAGUGUUUGCGCCUUAUGGAUCUGGUCCACUUGGGCUUUAUAAGGCAUAGUGUGUGUGUUUUUCCUGUGUUGGAUCUCUGGAAUGCUUCAAUAGAAAACGUCCUUGCAUUAGUGGUCCUUUCUUACCAGUAAGUUAGAUUUGAGGAGGAUGAGGGUCCCACGCUGAUGUGAAUAUUUGAUACACUCGUUAGUUUGCUUUCAUCAAACCUCUGAAAUAAUAUUGUCUACCUGUAGUGACCUAUUCCUCAUCUUAAAAAUGAUAAUUAAAAACAAAACAAAACCCACCACCACACAAAAAAUCCCAAACCAUAAAGUCUCUUGAAAGUAAUAACUGAAUAAACUGAAAAUUUUAGCCAUUUUUGCCAGUGCAGCUGCAAUGAAAAGCUUUUCAUUAUGCCCCUCAAUGUAGCAGUGCAGUGCAUCUGUCAGUUAUUGCUAUAGAUAAUGACUUGGCUUCCUGCCCACUUGGAGAAAUGGACCGCAGUGUCAAAAGACAAGCUACUUAAUAAUUAUUUUAAGCCUUUACAUUUCUUUUGGUUAGUAGGCUUGUUAUUUUUUUAAGUUACAUCCCUUGAACUUCCUGUUUCUAGGCUCUGAGGAAAUAAUGCCUAUGUCAAGUUUUGACUUGGAGCAACUACCAGUCAUGCCUUAACAGCCUGAAACUCGUACUGACAAGGUAAAGUCCUCAUUGUAACACUGAGGCUGGAGGUCGUCUUGUGUAGGGAAUGUAUUAAAACUCUUAUAAAUGUUUUGGAAGUAAAUGGCACUUUAAAAUACUUUUGGGGUUUUCCACUCCUUAAGACUUAAUCGUCUUUGAUUUGGAUUUGAUUUGGUUUGUAUAAUAAAGUAUCACAAUCUAAUAAUAUUUUUUGAGUGUGCCUGUGGACUUGGCAAUUGCAGAUUGAAGUUUUGGAACAACCUGUGCUUGAGAGGUGAACAUAAUGAGUGCUAAAAGGUUGUAUUUUAUUUUUCUUCGUGCAAGGAAGGCACAAGUUUUUUUACAAACAAAUUUCAAUAGAAGGUAUCACCAGAAUGCUGGGGGAAUUCAGAACUCUUGUCUCUGUUUUGGGUGACGCUCAUGUCGAGAAGCGAGCAGUUGACUGAGGUGUAAGGUCUGUAAGACUCUUUCAGCUCACGUUUGUCAAGAGAAGUAAAAGUUUUCCGAGACUUGCUCUCAUGUGAAAUGAAGUAAUGAAUAUACUCAGCAUGGAUGACGCUCAGAUGCCUGGGUAUAAAUGAACCACAUUGAGUCUCUUCUAUGUGUUAAUUUUCAUGGAACUUUUUUUCAGUGAUACUGAUAUUGCAUAUAAUGAUAAAAUGACUUUGGAGGCAGUUGCAUUGUGUUCAGGUACCUUAUACUCUCACUUUUCAAAGUCAUUGGCUUUUCCCACUUGGAGUCUUUUCUAACCUCUUGUUUUUCUCUACCAGCAUGGAGCCUAAUUUGAACUGGGCAAAUUAAAAACACAAACUAUUUUGUCGAUACUCAGAAGUUAAAGUUCACGUAGGAUGAAGAAAAUGUCAAAAAGCUCUAAUGGAAAAAGGUAGAAAAGAAUGUUUCUAAAAUUAUUAAAUUUUAAAACUCUGCAACAAUGUUACUGAAAUUACAGCCGGGAAGCUUCGUACAUUAGUAUUUUUAACAUAUGGAAAAUAAAGCCGAAAGCAUAUGCCAGCACUUUACGACAAAAUUGUUAUUUGUUAAGAUUUUUAUCAUGGUAUCUGAUGUUUACAUUUCAUACUGCUUUUGGAGCUAACUUAUCUUUAAAUUUAAAUAAAUGAAAAUUGGUCUUAUCCAAGGAA